AAAACUCUUUUAUGUCCAUUUCCUAAUUAACAUGCACUUCCCCGUUGUUUAUGGCAACGAACAUUGGCCCUUUUACCACACCUAUAUAUACCAAGACGUUUCCUCCCUUCCUCCCCAAGCAAUCAACUGAAGUUAUUUAUGGUUCAUAGUUUCUUUCUUUCUGUCAUCAAACCUCCCUCUUCGUUUUCUCUUCCUCUUGCUUCUUUGAUACCAUCACUAUCAUCAUCAAAAAUGGUUCUCUCAAAAACUGCUUCAACAUCUGAUGUUUCAAUUCACUCUACAUUUGCCUCUCGCUAUGUUUGCUCUUCCUUACCAAGGUUCAAGAUGCCAGAGAACUCAAUACCAAAGGAGGCAGCUUACCAGAUCAUCAAUGAUGAGUUGAUGCUUGAUGGGAAUCCAAGGCUAAACUUGGCUUCUUUUGUGACAACAUGGAUGGAACCAGAGUGUGAUAAGCUGAUGAUGGAAGCCAUCAACAAGAACUAUGUUGACAUGGAUGAAUACCCUGUCACAACUGAACUUCAGAAUCGCUGCGUUAACAUGAUAGCACACUUGUUUAAUGCUCCACUGGGAGCGUCAGAGGCCGCUGUUGGAGUAGGAACAGUAGGGUCAUCAGAGGCCAUAAUGCUAGCAGGGCUUGCUUUCAAGAGAAAGUGGCAAAACAGAAGAAAAGCAGAGGGCAAGCCUUAUGAUAAGCCCAAUAUUGUUACUGGAGCCAAUGUCCAGGUGUGUUGGGAGAAGUUUGCAAACUACUUUGAGGUGGAGCUUAAGGAAGUGAAGUUGAGGGAAGGCUACUACGUGAUGGACCCUGUGAAAGCAGUUGAAAUGGUGGAUGAAAAUACCAUAUGUGUUGCGGCUAUUUUGGGUUCAACACUCAAUGGAGAGUUUGAAGAUGUCAAGCUCUUGAAUGAUCUUCUCAUUGAGAAAAACAAGCAAACUGGUUGGGACACCCCAGUUCAUGUUGAUGCAGCCAGUGGUGGAUUCAUUGCUCCCUUUCUUUAUCCAGAGCUUGAGUGGGAUUUCAGGCUUCCACUUGUGAAGAGCAUCAAUGUGAGUGGGCACAAGUAUGGUCUUGUAUAUGCUGGAAUUGGAUGGGUUAUUUGGAGGAGCAAAGAGGACUUACCAGAAGAACUUAUCUUCCACAUAAACUACCUUGGAGCUGAUCAACCAACCUUCACCCUUAAUUUCUCCAAAGGUUCUAGUCAAGUCAUUGCUCAGUAUUAUCAACUCAUUCGCUUGGGCUUUGAGGGUUACCAAAAUAUCAUGGAGAAUUGUCGCGGAAAUGCUCUUGUGCUUAAAGAAGGAUUGGAGAAGACAGGUCGAUUCAACAUUGUAUCCAAGGACGAGGGGGUUCCCUUGGUUGCAUUUUCUCUUAAAGACAACAGCUGCUACAAUGAGUUCAAGAUCUCAGAAAUGUUGCGCAGGUUUGGAUGGAUUGUGCCUGCAUACACCAUGCCAGCAGAUGCACAGCAUAUCGCCGUGCUUCGUGUUGUUAUAAGGGAAGACUUCUCUCGCACCUUAGCAGAGAGACUUGUGCUUGAUAUCACAAAGGUCCUGCAUGAAUUGGAUACACUCCCAGCUACAUUGAGUACUAAGGUUUUGAAUGCUAGUGAGGAAAAGAAGGUCAAGAAUGGCACUGUGGUUAAGAAAACAGAGAUUGAGACACAAAGGGAAAUCACUGAUUUUUGGAAGAAGUAUGUUAUGCAGAGGAAAACAAACGUCUGCUAGAUUUUUGCUACACAGCCAAGCUACCAGUGUUCUAACUGAGAGUUGAAGUUUCUCUGUUCUAAUUAUUGGUCUUUCGAAUUAAAGAGACAUUAAACUGUCUCCCUUUCAUUCUUUUAUGCAUUUUUACGUUUUCCUUUCAUUUUUAACAUGAAGUAGCGCACGAUCUUGUCAAGGUCUCAACAAUUUUUAAGCAUUACUAUAUUGUUCAA